GAUUUAACUCGCGCCAAGCCGAAGAAAAAUCUGAUUUUUUUUUUAUAAAAAUAGUAUAGUAGACUAAUUUUUGUAAAAUCAAGCUGGGUUAGUCAUCCCACAUCAAUCCCAUAAAAUCUACAAGGAUCAACACCCGGAUAGGCCUAAUUUAUACAGUGGAAAACCAACCUUAAGAUUAAUUAAAAAACAGGCGGGAUAACCUUCCGUCCCAAAAAUUCGCCCACAGUAAUCCUUCCAAGUUCCAAGAGUUACUUUGGCGCCAAAAAUUCAAAAAACACUAAAUUAAUAAUUAAUUCCUAAACAAUUAAUUAGCCCAUCAAUCAAAUCAAUCGGAAGUCAUAAUAACCCAUGCCCUAUUCUCUAUCCUUGCCCUACUUUAUUCCACGUAAAUAAAUUAAUAAACCCUAUUUUUUCCAGCACUUUUUAAAAAGAUAGAGUGUUUGAAAAACAAAAAAUACACUCUGCCUCUCAGUGUUUAGUAUUGGGAUGAUAAUUAAUUUUUAAAGUGUUUUUUUUUAAUAUAUUAAGAUAAUAUUUUGUUUUUAUUUUUAACAUUAAUAUAUUAAAAUAAUUUAGAAAUAUAAAAAAAUUACUUAAGAAAAAAAUUAAAAUUCUUGACAUUCCCGCGGCAGCCGCUUUGACAAACGGUUUUCUUAUAAAAACAACUCCGCGUGCCACUCUCCAGUAAAGCUUCACCCUUUCUAAAACAAGAAACUUAAGUCUCUCCUUUUGUUUCUCUGUUUUUUUUUUCCUGCUAAAAGCUUGAAUAUUUUUUGAUGACAAGAGUCGGGAAGUGGCAGAGGCCGGCGAAAUCGACGUCGGGGGUGAAGGAGGAAGCUGCGGAGAAUGGUGGGUCUGAGGAGGAAGUGAAGGAAAGUGGGGGUUUAGUUGAAAGUAGUGAAGUUGAAGGGAAAGUGGAGGAAACUUGUCAUUUCGAUAAGGCAAAGGGUGUCUCAAAUAAGGGAAAUAGGGAGUGGAAGGUAAAGGAGAGUGAGAGUAGAGUUAGUGAAGAAGAAAGGGAAGGUGAUGGUGUGGAGGAAGGGCGAGAAUGUGAUCUGAAGGAGAAUGCGAAUAAGGGUAAAAAGAAAAAGAAGGGAAAGAAGAAAGAAAAUGAUAAUGAGAAGGAGAAGGAGAAGGUGAAAGAAGGGAAUGAUGAAAAGGGGGUCUCAUCUGUUGUGAAAGAGAAGAAAAGGGUGAAAUUUGCUGAGAAAGAGGUGGCGAGUGUGGAAGAAGGCGAAUUUGGUGAUAAAAGUGAAGUGGGGUUUGUGAAGCAGGAAGAGAGAGGGUUUGCUUGGAAGGAAAAACAGGAGGCCGGUACUGAGGAAGAAGAAGAGAUAGCCGUAGAUAAUGGAAAAGAAGGUAAAUUAGAUGGGAAAAGGGAAGAGAAAGGGAGAAGGAAGAGGGAGAAGAAGGGAGGUAAAUUCAGGAAUCAGGAGGUGGAUGAUGAGGAAGGGAAAGAGAUUGGAGAGCUGGGAGUUGAAGGGAAGGAAAAAGUGAAAUUUGUUGAGAAUGAAGGGGAGAACAGUGAAAAGGGUGAGAAGAAGGGAGCUGAAUUAGGUAAUGAGGAGGAGACUGUUGUCGGCGUGGAAGAGAAUGGAGGUCCAUUAAAGAAGAGGCCGAGGAAAAAUGAGAAAAAAGUGAAUUAUGCUGAGAUUGAUAGUGCAUUAGAUGAGGUAGUGUUUGGGGAGAAACAUAGGAAGAGCCAGAAGGAGGAUGGAGUCUCGGAGAGUAGAAAGAAGAAAGCACUUUUGGAGAAUGAUGGACUGGAACGUGAGAAAAAGAGUGAAAAUGGUGAUGUAAACAACGAGGAGAAGGGAACUGCAUUGGGUAAUGAGGAGGUGGAGAGUGAGGAGGGGAAGGAGACUGUUGUUGGUGUGGAAGAGAAUGGAGGUCCCUUAAAGAAGAGGCUGAGGAAAACUGAGAAAAAGGUGAAUUAUGCUGAGAUUGAUAGUGCAUUAGACGAGGUACUGUUUGGGGAGAAACAUAGGAAGAGCCAGAAGGAGGAUGGAGUCUCGGAGAGUAGAAAGAAGAAAGCACUCUUGGAGAAUGAUGGACUGGAACGUGAGAAAAAGAGUGAAAAUGGUGAUGUAAACAACGAGGAGAAGGGAACUGCAUUGGGUAAUGAGGAGGUGGAGAGUGAGGAGGGGAAGGAGACUGUUGUUGAUGUGGAAGAGAAUGGAGGUCCCUUAAAGAAGAGGCUGAGGAAAACUGAGAAAAAGGUGAAUUAUGCUGACAUUGAUAAUGCAUUAGACGAGGUAGUGUUUGGGGAGAAGCAUAGGAAGAGCAGGAAGAAGGUGGGAGUCUCGGAGAGCAGACAGAAGAAAGGGGUCUCGGAGAGUGAUGGAUUGGAAAGUGAGAAAAAGAGGGAAAACGGUGAUGUGAAUAGUGGGAAAAAGAGAGCGAGUCAAAAAGGGAAGAAGAAGCAGGAGGCGCAGGAGAAAAUUAAAGGAGAAGAAGAAAUGGAAGAAAGUGGUGAAGGCAAAGGUGAAGGAGAUCCUUUGGUGAUUUGCACUGGGACAGGUCAUGGGCCCAGGAGUCAGAAAGAGCAAGCUGGGCAGAACAGCAAAUCCUGGCGCACUAGUCAGUUCACUGAGGAAGCGUGUUUAAUGUGCCACCAAUGCCAGAGAAGCGAUAAAGGCCGUGUCAUUCGAUGCCUGAAAUGUAAAAGGAAGCGCUAUUGUAUCCCCUGCUUAACAAAAUGGUAUCCUAAGAUGACAGAGGAUGAUAUUGCAAGUGCUUGUCCAGUUUGUCUUGGAAAUUGCAACUGUAAAUCUUGUUUGCGUCUAGAUGCGCCAGUAAAAGACCUGAAAAAUUUAAACCUGGAAGUAAGCGAAGAAGAAGAAGUGCAGCACUCUAAGUUUUUACUUUGUUCACUUCUUCCAUUUCUGAAGCGCUUAGAUGCAGAGCAAAUGACGGAGAGAGAAAUUGAGGCUGGGAUAAGGGAUGUACCGCCUGCAGACUUACAGAUAGAAAAUGCUAGCUGCCCUGCAGAUGAACGCAUGUUCUGUGAUAAUUGCCGAACUUCUAUUUUUGAUUAUCACAGAAGUUGCUCAAAUUGCUCUUCUGAUCUUUGUCUUCUCUGUUGCCGUGAGAUCCGUGCUGGAUGCUUGCAAGGUGGUGGGCCAGAUGUGGUUAUGGAGUAUAUUGAUAGGGGAUUUAAGUAUAUGCAUGGUGAACAUGAGGAAAUAAAAGAUGAAUUGCUGGCUGGUUCGCCUAAAAAGACUGUCUCAGAGGAUUUUAUAGGGCCAAAGUCUGGAUGCAAAGCAAAUGAAGAUGGAAGCAUUCAUUGUGCUUGUGGUAGUGGCAAUUUACAACUGAAAUGUUUGUUCCCAAACACAGAAGUUAAUUUUUCAGUUUCAGUUUCAGAGUUGGUAAAGAAAGUUGAAGAUGUGUUAAAAAACUGUGAAAUUGACUCUGCUAAUGCUCCCGUUGAACUAUGCAUGUGUUUUAAUUCGAAUGGCAAUCGUGAUAUCUGUAAUGGUAACGAGUUGUUAAAAGCAGCAUGUCGAGAAGAUUCUGAUGAUAACUAUUUGUUCAAUCCAAAAGCCAAAGAUAUCAUGGAGGAUGACUUGAAACAUUUUCAGUUCCAUUGGAAGAGAGCUGAGCCUGUGAUUGUUAGCAAUGUGCUUGAGUCUGCUUCUGGGUUAAGUUGGGAGCCGAUGGUAAUGUGGCGUGCCUUCCGCCAGAUCAAACAUGAAAAACAUGGUACACUUUUGGAUGUUAAGGCAAUUGAGUGCCUGAGUUGCUGUGAGGUAGAAAUUAAUGUCCAUAAAUUCUUUACUGGUUACACGGAGGGAAGGUUUGAUGGUAAAAAUUGGCCUCAGAUACUGAAGCUGAAAGACUGGCCCCCAUAUAAAACAUUUGGUGAAAGUUUGCCACGACAUGAUGUUGAAUUCACCUGUUGUUUGCCCUUCAAGGAGUAUACUGACCGCCGCAGUGGACCUUUAAACCUUGCUAUCAGGUUGCCUCAGAAUUCUUUGAAGCCAGACAUGGGGCCGAAGACAUAUAUCGCUUAUGGAUUUCCUAUAGAGCUUGGGCGUGGAGAUUCUGUUACCAAGCUUCACUGUGACAUGUCUGAUGCGGUGAAUGUUUUAACGCACACUGCUGAGGUAUCCUAUAGCGAUGGACAACUUGCUGAGAUUCAAAAUUUGAAGCUUCUUCACUUCAAACAAGACCAGAGAGAACUUUUUGGAUAUGAUCAGAAUGUGGAUAAAUUUGAUGUUAACAAGAAUGGUGAUGUUUCUGGGAAAUCUACUGAGAAGGAAGAAGUGGUUCAAGGCAAAAUCUAUGAGAGUGGACCUUUAAAUUGCGCAAAUGAGUUGGAAUGGCCUGACGCUUUAGAUGGAGGUGCUGUUUGGGAUAUUUUCCGGAGAGAAGAUGUUCCUAAAUUGCAGGAAUAUCUUGAUAAGCACUUCAAAGAAUUUAGGCAUAUCCAUUGUUGCCCUUUACAAAAGGUUGUUCACUCCAUACAUGACCAGACAUUUUAUUUGACUCUAGAGCACAAGAGGAAACUAAAAGAGGAAUAUGGCAUUGAACCGUGGACAUUUGUCCAGAAACUUGGAGAUGCUGUCUUUAUUCCUGCAGGCUGUCCUCAUCAAGUUAGAAACUUGAAGUCUUGCAUUAAGGUAGCACUGGACUUUGUCUCGCCCGAAAAUGUUGGUGAGUGCAUACGUUUGACAGAGGAAUUCCGUCUGCUCCCCCCAAAUCAUCAGGCCAAGGAAGACAAGCUGGAGAUAAAGAAAAUGUUACUUCAUGCUGCGAGACGCGCUGUAGAUUUUCUGAUGAAGGAUGGGAAAGUGGAGAAAACCGAGAAGGUUUGAGAAAGAGAAGGCUGGGAGGAAGAAGGGGUGACUUGCAGUGUCAUCAUCCUUAGGCAGGAUUUCUUUUUGUUUCAGGUGCUAGUUUUAUGUUCUAGGUUCAUAAAAUAGUCACCGUAAAAAAUCUCCUCUGUUCUCAUCGUCGUCAGUCGAGUAGAUUCUCUUCUGGGAUUGUUAUUACCUACUACAGGUUGAACAUAGAAUUUUUGUUGAACGAGAUAGAAACAGAGGAAGAUGAUUUCUGUACAAGGUUUGAUUAAUGCUGGAUGUUUCUAACUAAUACUCCGUAAAUGCUUCCUUUAUAUUUACUUA